AUGGCGUUCGCGGUGGGCGUCGGCGCGGCGUUGGCGGUGGUCGAGGCGCGGCGUCGGCGGCGAUGGGGGGGCGACGGGCGCGCGGUGACGGCGGGGCGGGGGGGCGAGGACGGGGGGGAGCGAACGCGCGUGAUGUCGACGGCGACGUCGACGUCGUACGAUCUCACGGAUGAGAUUCUGCGCGAGCAGUUUACGAGGAAUGUGCAAUUUUUUGGCGAGCGCGGACAGGGCGCGGUGCGGGACGCGUUCGUCGUCGUCGUCGGUCUCGGUGGGGUGGGAUCGCACGCGGCGCACAUGAUCUUGCGCUCGGGGGUGGGGAAAUUACGCGUCGUGGACUUUGAUCAGGUGAGUCUGAGCUCGUUGAAUAGGCACGCGGUGGCGACGCGGGCGGAUGUGGGCACGCCAAAGGCGACGUGCCUGAAGAAGCACUUUGAGCGAAUUUAUCCCGAGGCUGAGGUCGACGCGCGGAUCGCGAUGUACGAAGCAGACGCCGAGGACGAAUUGCUCGGUCCGUGGGGGGGCGAGGGCGGACGAAUGCCCGAUUUUGUCGUGGAUUGCAUCGAUAACAUUGACACAAAGGUGGCUCUUCUCGCCGCCUGCGUGCGACGAAAUCUACGCGUCGUCACCUCCGGCGGCGCCGGAGCGAAGUGCGAUCCGACUCGAUUACGAUUCGUGGACAUAUCCGAGUGCGCCGCCGACAGGCUCGCGCGCGCGGUGAGAUAUCGCUUGAAGAAGAAUUUCAAGAUUCAACGCGACAUACCGACGCUCGUCUCACUCGAGGAGCCGCGCUGCGAACUCGUGGCGGAGAUGGAACUGAAAGAGGGAGAGACGCUGUCAGAUUACCAGGUGAUUCCAAAUUUUCGCGUUCGAACAAUUCCCGUGCUCGGAUGCGUGCCGGCGAUCUUUGGCAUGGCGCUCGCGAGCUACGUGUUGACGCACCUGGCGGAUGCACCGUUCGAGGGAGAGCCACUCAUUGUUCUCCAACAAAAGCAGUACGAGAUUCAGCUCGACCGCUUGCACGAACGCGAGCGCGAACGCGGUCCGGAGGUGUGCGACAUCGCGGUUGACGUCGUCGGUGUGAUGUACCUCGUUCGAGAGAUUUGGCGAGCUUUCAGCGCGCGUGACGAUCCGCUCAAACGGGGCAAGGCGGGGAACGUGCUGCACUGGAGAAACACGAACGAUCUCGCUCUGACGAGAUGGAAUCCGGAGCGACCGGCAUGUCUGGACAAUCUCGUGCUGUUGACUGUCGACGAGUGCGACGCACACGACGCCAGAUGCGCCAAACCGGGUGGUUUUGAAAAGCUUGUCGCGGAGGAACCGGAUUUCGUCGCUUUCGUCGAGUCCAGACUCGCUCGCGUGCGCUCUGAGUACGGCACGUGA